GUCGAAUCUCAGACUGUCAGCUUCCGCAGCGCAGAAGUUGAGGGUCGGUGCUGCGUCAACGAGUACAUGGGGACUGACCAGCAGCCGAGUGAAUCAAGCAUGAGCGCCUUGCAGGAAAACAAUGAUCAUGUGGAGAUAUCCAUGAUGCACAUUCCUCCUGGCGCACGCACGUCCGAAUCCGAAGGACCAGAAAACCAAGUCGCCCCGAUUCCCACGGACAAGAAGUUCCAGCUCGAGCCCCAACACGAUGACGAUGCCGCACAUCAAUCCGACGAAAAAGACUACGUCGAUCCGACGCUGUUUUCCGCCGAGGUCUCGCGGCAUUCCAUCGACAUCGCCGUCCGCCGCGCGCGAAAUCUCGAGCAGGAGCUGCGGGAUAUUGAAAAGAACGCGCCACCACCGUUACCGCCUCCGAAAGCAUCAUACACAUCCAUGCUGACCACAGCCGUAUCUUCCACCCUCCUGAGUGCGGUGAAGCGCAUCUCGAGUUCCGCGUCCACAACACGGUAUUCGCUCCUUGAUCCGAACGCAUCAUCGUCGGAAGGGGGCGGCAUUGUCGGCGAGCGCGACGUCCUGGAAGGUGACGGGAUGCAGUUGAGUCCCGUGGGUGGCGGCAGCAGCGACAAUGAAGACUUGUAUCGUCGGACUGGCCCGCGACCUGCUCUACGAAAGAUUUCCGCGUAUGAAAAGCCCAUAUCGGCGGGCAUGGUGCCAACCCUUCAGAGUGCAAAGAAGUCCAUUGUGUGGAUGCGGCUGCCGCACGAGACCGCCGACGACGACAUCGACGUCGAGAAUGCCUUGGAAGGGCACUCCCUCAUUCACCAAGACCAGGUCAAGAUCACCAUCACAUCACAACAGCAGGAGCGGCCGAAGCGCCAGCAGAAACCUGGCGUCAUCCGCCGCCUCAGUCCCGUGGAGAAGGAAGCGCUGUACGAACUGCGCCCGGACCUGAAGAUCGUGCCCAACUGGGCCCAGAAGUACCGCGAGGAGAUGACGGGCAACCAGGACUCGAUGCAGUGCAACAACUGGCUCGUGUGCCUCAUUCUGUUCCUCAUGGUGCUGCUGGUGUUUUUAUUUUACAUGAUUGGCGUCACAAAGCCCGACGUCCGUUAACCGAUAAUACUCAGGAAAGGGUUUUGUCAAUUCGGUCCUCCCAGCUCCCG